AUUUAGAAGGACACAAGGAUCUCUACAAGGACGUCUUGAUGGACAAUCAGUCCCCCCUCACAUCAACCCGGAUGGAUCCAGUCAUGGGAACCCACCAGAGAGAUGUCCCCGUCCUCUGUAUUCCCGGGAUUCCACACCAGGAAGGUCAUACACCUUCCCUCACCAUCAUCAGGAGUGGAAUCCUCGGGGUUGAUAAUAUUGAGUGUUAUAAAGAAGAGUAUAAAGAGGAGGGAUGAGCGAGUAUGGAGUGAUGGAGGAGUUUUCAGAAGGACACAAGAUACGAUGGAGCCCACCUAAUACCAGGAACCCACCAGAGAGAUGUUCCCCGGCUCCUCUGUAUUCCCGGGAUUCCACACAGGAAGGUCACACCAUCCCCUCAGUAUUACAAGGUUGGUGGGGCAGAGAGUAUGGA